CUACUCAAUGUACGGACACGUGGCACGACUUGCAGAGGAGAUAAAGAAAGGAGCAGAUUCGGUAGAAGGAGUUGAAGCAACAUUAUGGCAGGUGUCGGAAACAUUGCCGGAGGAGGUAUUAGGAAAGAUGGGAGCACCGACAAAGAAAGACAUUCCGAUCAUCACCGCCGCCGAUCUCCCCGCCGCCGACGGAUAUAUCUUCGGUUUCCCGACCAGAUUCGGCAUGAUGGCUGCCCAGUUCAAGUCUUUCUUUGACUCGACUGGUGGUCUUUGGAGAACACAAGCCCUAGCUGGAAAACCGGCUGGUAUUUUCUUGAGCACCGGUUCGCAGGGUGGCGGUCAAGAGACUACUGCAUUGACGGCGAUUACUCAAUUGACUCAUCAUGGGAUGAUAUUUGUGCCGGUGGGGUGUACUUAUGGACGUGGGAUGUUUGAGAUGGGGGAGGUUAGGGGUGGAAGUCCUUACGGUGCCGGAACCCUAGCCGGAGAUGGUUCUAGGCAGCCGACGAAGCUGGAAUUGGGUUUGGCUUUUCACCAGGGUAAAUACUUUGCCGCUGUCGCAAAGAAACUCAAGGCCUAGGGUUCCUCC